UGGGAAAUUUCACUGCCCAGCUUCUCGAAUGUUAACCAAUGUCAAUACUGUCUGGUCUGACCAUUGAAGCAUACCAUAGGGACAAAACAACCGAAUGCGCAACUUCCCACCCUAAAUAUGAAUUGGGUGUUUGGCCAAGAUUGAGGCCAGGAGCAUCUGAGCGCAACGUCACGUUUACCCCAGCUUCUUCCCCCGCAAAAGCUUCAAUGAUAUGCGCAUCUAGCUUCCUCAUCAAUAAUACCUCGGGUUGCCCUAGCUUAUUCGCAUUCUCAAAAUAAAGAACGGCACGGUAGCAAUGGAUAUGCGAAAGAAGAAACGCAAGGUCCUACUCAUGGGCAAGAGUGGCUCGGGGAAGUCAUCUAUGCGCUCGAUCAUAUUCAGCAACUAUGUAGCCAAGGAUGUCCGCCGCUUAGGAGCUACGAUCGAUGUGGAACACAGUCAUGUCAAGUUCAUGGGAAACCUGACUUUAAAUCUCUGGGAUUGUGGCGGGCAAGAUGCAUUCAUGGAGACUUAUCUCGCAUCGCAACGGGAGAACAUCUUUUCCGACGUCGCUGUACUUAUCUACGUCUUCGACAUCGAAUCCCGUGAAGUCGAACGCGACCUCGACACCUAUUUUGCUAUCAUAACCGCCCUUCAAGAAUUCAGCCCCAGCGCCUUCGUCUUCUGCCUUAUCCACAAACUCGAUUUAAUCCAAACGGAACAUCGACGGCGAAUAUAUGAAGAGCGCUCCUCUCUUAUCCGCGCAAGAUCUGGGUCAUUCGCAAUAGAUACGUUCGGCAGUAGUAUAUGGGACCAGUCCCUAUACAAGGCAUGGGCAGGAAUUGUCCACAAGCUCAUCCCGAACCUCUCUGUCAUCGAGCGAUUCCUACAAGCCUUCGCUGAGAAGAUCGAUGCUGAGGAGAUCAUAUUAUUUGAGCGAUCAACAUUCCUUACUGUCACUUCCGUUGCAUCGGAGGUUGGCCGUUUGAACCCUAUAUUUGAUCGUCACGAACGCCUCUCGAACAUCAUGAAGGCUUUCAAGCAUUGCGCUGCUAGGAAUACGCAUACUACGCCGGCAUCAGCGAGUUUUCUAGUUAUGCAUACCAAGACACCGCAGUUUAAUGUGUUCCUAGGUCGGUUCACCGAUAAUACAUAUAUAUUCGUCGUAGUCCCACCAGGUGAAGCCGCUUAUAACUGCGCUGUUCUCAAUACCAUGCUUGCCCGUGAAGCGUUCCCCAAAGCGUCAACAUCAAGCGGGGGCGAUGCUUUUCCCCUGUCCUAUGCGGAUCUUCCUCCCCAGGGUAGCGUGACAAAUGGCCGUGUUGGUGCGCUACCCGAGGCACCAGAGGGUAGAUAACCCCAAUCUCGUGUUGGAGAUUGUAUAUUAGCGUUGGACGGCUAGUCAGACAAGAUAAUUAUGUAUAAAGAUACCCUGAAUAUUUUAUCCUUGCAUUGGCUUUUUUUUUUUUUUUUUUUUUUUUUUUUUUUUUUUUUUUUUUCUUGUUUUGUGGGGGGAUGGGGGGAAGGAGCAUUGUUUAGACGGAAGUAUAGACGUGGAAUUGUGUGGGAGCGUCCGUGAGGGUUUGGUAUGUAUGAAACUCCUUUAUGGGAAAGCCUUCUCUUUUGGUCCAUUGGUUAUCUGUUUGUAACAUGUUCGAGAAUAAGCGUCUUCUUUCAAUUCUUCCUUUGCUGUUUGCUCCCUAAACAGAAUCAUGGGCUUUUCCAGACAAAAUUCGCAUUGUAAUGUAAUCAAUAUGCUUCAUUAACUACGCCACGGGAGCGUGCCCUUUUCUCUUAUUUUUUAUUAUUGCUUUUUCUCUUUCUUAUGGUUCAAGCCAUGUAGCUCUGUGUUCUCCAAUAGGUGGCCUUUCUCAUACCAUAGCAGCCGUCCACCUAAUAUGCCGCUUCGCAGAUAGGAGAUGCGCUGCGAAUUGCUCCGCUUAUAAUGGGCGAAUAACAGGAUCGGGCGGCGAGACUACUUGCUUGAUGAGAGGACAUCCUUGCAGCCUUAUGUUUCAACUGCUCAACGCUUGCUACAUUCUCCGAAACCUACUGCGCGGUGAAACUAAGGGACGGGGGCGGAGAUCGAUGCCAGCCCUUCCAGGUAGAUGUUCAUCUCGGGCUACACAUGACCCGAAACAAGCUGAGCGAUAAAAAUUGAUGAAUAACUACUAGCUUCGUCCUAACGGCCUCCGACUUUUAUGUUUCUUUCCGGCGCUCCCGAGAACUUACUACGAUAACGAGGGAUUUAUACUCCGUACAUAGUUACAGCAUACUUUUUACUAAAUUCAUCAGGGCUAUAAAGGAUUGGAUUUAGCUCAGUAAUUGGCUUCCGA